AUGUCCCGGAAGAACGACCAUCAAGCCGAAUCCGAAACCGGAGCAUGGGGAGGAGAAUUUUCGAUGCCGGAAAUGAUGCGUCAAGUGGCUCAGCAGAACAACCGCUUGCUGAUGCUGUUGGAGCAAAUCACCGGUAACCAGGAGGCGACAACCCAGCGAAGCGCUCCAGAGAAGAUUCUCGAAUCCCUUGCCUCCAACAUCAAGGAGUUCCACUUCGACCCGGAAAAUGGCCUAACGUUCGACCGCUGGUUUUCGAAGUACGAGGAUCUGUUCCGGCAAGAUGGCAGAAAUUUGAACGACGCUGCGAAGGUAAGGCUCCUGCUGCGCAGUCUCAGCGUCCCGGUGCACGAAAAGUUCCUGAACUACCUCCUGCCAUCCCACCCACGUGAUUUCACCUUCGACGACGUUGUGGCAAAGCUGAAGCAGAUUUUCGGCCAACAAAAGUCUCUGUUUAGCAAGCGCUACGACUGCCUCAAGCUCGAGAAGAGUGAAGCCGACGACUUCGUUUCGUAUGCCGGAAUCGUCAACCGGCAAUGCGAGGAUUUCGAACUGCAGAAGCUCACCGUCGACCAGUUCAAGAGUCUGGUGUUCAUCUGCGGUCUCAAAUCGACGAAGGACGCCGACGUCAGGACUCGACUUCUGUCCAAGCUCGAGUCCGAUCAAGCUGACACCAUCAACCUGGAAGGCCUGGUCACCGAAUGCCAACGCCUGUCGAACCUCAAGCACGACACGGCGCUGGUGGAGAAGAAACCGACAUCUUCAGCGGUGCAGGCAGUACGGCACUCAAGAAAGCAGCCGUCCUACCAGCAGAAGUCGUCAGCCGACGGUAAGACACCCCCAUCCCCUUGCUGGCAGUGCGGUGCGAUGCAUUUCGUGAAGGACUGCCAGUUUUCCAAGCACACCUGCAAACAGUGUGAAAAAACGGGCCACAAAGAGGGCUACUGUGGUUGCUUUUCAAAAACUUCCACGGAGUCCAGCGGCGAGAAGAAAACUGGUGCGAAGAAGAAGCCAUUCAACACGAAGGUCAUCCAAACCGUACAGCAGGUUCGUAGCCGCCGGAGGUUCGUCACCGUCAUCUUCAACCAAAAAUCAGCCAAACUGCAAUUGGAUUGCGGUUCCGACAUCACCGUCAUCAGCCACCGAACAUGGAAAAUGAUUGGAGCACCUCCAUCAUCACCAACCAGCGUGGAAGCAUCAACGGCAUCAGGGGAACCACUAGAGCUCAUCGGCGAAUUCACUUGCCCGAUAACCGUCGGAGACACCACGUUGGCAACGGUCUGCUACAUCACAUCGGUUGCAGAUCUGAACGUCAUUGGACUGGACUGGAUGGACGCAUUCGAUCUCUGGUCGAAGCCGCUUGCUGCCUACUGCAAACAGGUGAAUAGUUCCAAUUUCUCGCUCUCCUCUGAUCAGCACUUCCUCACGCAAUACCCGGAAGUUUUUCAGGACAGUCUGGGCCACUGCACGAAAACCAAGAUUUCGUUGACCUUGAAGCAACACGCCCAACCAGUUUUUCGACCGAAGCGGCCGGUUCCGUUUCACGCUAUCCAGAAGGUGGACGAAGAGCUGGAUCGACUCCAACGGUCGGACCUUGGGUCGGACAUCAUCACACCCGUGGAUUUUUCCGACUGGGCGGCACCUAUCGUCGUAGUCAAGAAACCCGGCGGCAAGGUGCGGGUAUGUGCCGAUUACUCCACUGGGCUCAAUGCGGCACUCGAGAGCAACAACUAUCCACUUCCAACGCCGGAGGAGAUCUUCAGCAAAGUGUCUGGCAGUCGAAUCUUCAGCAUCAUCGACCUGUCGGACGCAUACCUGCAGGUGGAGGUCGACGACGAGUCCAAAAAGUUGCUGACCAUCAACACCCACCGAGGCUUAUUCCGGUUCAAUCGGAGGAGAAACAUCAACUGCUAG